CUCUCCAGCGGCCAUGUUAACCAGAAAACCCUCGGCUAGCGCCGCCGCUGGUGCUGCCUACCCAGCCGGCAGGGCAGGGGACAGCGGCCGCCCGCUGCCGUCUUCCCCGGGCACCGGAGCCGCGGUCUCCCGGGCAGGAGCUGGGACAGGCCCGCCGUCGCCCCUCGCAUUGCCGCCGCUCAGGGCCAGCAACGCUUCCCACACGGUUGGAGGCAGUAAGCACACAAUGAAUGAGCACCUACAUGUUGGUAACCAUGGACAAAUCCAGGUUCAGCAGCUCUUUGAAGAUAAUAGUAACAAGAGGACGGUUCUGACAGCGCAGCCAAAUGGACUUACAACACUAGGCAAAUCUGGAUUGCCGGUGGUUCAGGACAGACAGUCAGAGAGUGCCCACAGGCGACAAGGGAGCUCCAGCUCUUUAAAAUCUACGGAUGGAACAGGGAAGGUGAAAACCUCUGUUAUCACACCAGAGCAAGCAAUGAAGCAAUACAUGCAAAAAUUAACACCUUUUGAGCAUCAUGAGAUUUUUAGCUACCCUGAAAUAUACUUCUUGGGUCCAAAUGCAAAGAAGCGGCAAGGUGUGAUUGGUGGUUCAAACAACUGUGGGUAUGAUGAUGACCAAGGGUCUUACAUACAAGUACCCCAUGAUCAUAUUGCAUACAGGUAUGAAGUCCUGAAAGUUAUAGGGAAAGGAAGCUUUGGGCAGGUGGUGAAGGCCUACGAUCACAAGAUGCAUCAGCAUGUGGCACUAAAAAUGGUGAGAAAUGAAAAACGUUUCCACCGCCAAGCUGCGGAAGAAAUUAAGAUCCUGGAACAUCUCCGGAAACAAGAUAAGGAUAACAACAUGAAUGUUAUUCACAUGUUGGAAAACUUCACAUUCCGCAGCCAUAUCUGCAUGACGUUUGAGUUGCUGAGCAUGAACCUUUAUGAAUUAAUAAAGAAAAACAAGUUUCAGGGCUUUAGCCUACCUUUGGUUCGAAAGUUUGCCCACUCAAUUUUACAGUGCUUGGAUGCGUUGCACAAAAACAGAAUCAUUCACUGUGACCUUAAACCUGAGAACAUUCUGUUGAAACAACAGGGUAGAAGUGGUAUUAAAGUGAUUGAUUUUGGCUCAAGUUGUUACGAGCAUCAGCGUGUCUACACUUAUAUUCAGUCACGGUUUUAUCGUGCACCUGAAGUCAUCCUUGGUGCUCGUUAUGGGAUGCCCAUUGAUAUGUGGAGCUUGGGCUGUAUCCUAGCGGAGCUUCUGACUGGUUAUCCACUUUUACCUGGAGAAGAUGAAGGAGACCAGCUGGCUUGUAUGAUCGAGCUAUUGGGCAUGCCUUCUCCAAAACUCUUGGAUGCAUCCAAGCGAGCAAAAAACUUUGUGAGCUCUAAGGGUUAUCCCCGCUAUUGCAGCAUCACAACCUUGUCUGAUGGCUCUGUAAUACUUAAUGGUGGACGCUCUCGGAGGGGAAAACUGCGUGGCCCACCAGAGAGCAGAGAGUGGGGUAAUGCAUUAAAGGGAUGUGAUGAUCCCCUCUUCCUUGACUUCUUAAAACAGUGUUUAGAAUGGGAUCCUGCUGCCCGUAUGACUCCCAGCCAGGCUUUGCGGCAUCCCUGGCUAAGGAGACGGUUGCCAAAACCUCCAACUGGGGAAAAGGCUUCAGCAAAGAGACUUACAGAGAGUACUGGUGCUAUAACUUCAAUUUCCAAGUUACCUCCGACUUCAAGCUCAGCUUCAAAACUGAGGACUAAUUUGGCACAGAUGACGGAUGCCAAUGGGAAUAUUCAGCAAAGAACAGUGUUGCCAAAACUCGUUAGCUGAGUUUGAAAAGCCCAAUGCUGUUAAUACGAGAGAUACAAUGUGGCUGAGCCUUAUUUGUAUGAAAAAUUAGCUCAGAUAUGCAUUUUUAUUUGCUCAAUAAAUCUAUUCAUUUGUAUCUUUCAGCACUCAUUUUAAAUGUAAUUUUAAAUGUUAAUUUUGUUUUUUAUAAAAGUACGGGGACAAUGCUUUAAGUUUUUAUACUUAUUUUUUAAAAUGUUUGUCUUCUACAGUACA